AGAGAGAGAGAGAGACUGCAGCUCAUGUCCUGUUCUUGUAAAUCAGCCUUGUUACAUAAACACAUCACAGAGAGAAAUAUUCCGAAUAAUUGACUUGAAGAGAAAAUAGGAACGAAAGAAGUGGGAGGAUUAAACGAGAAAGAUGAGCCAGAGAGAGUGAGAAGAGAAAUAGAGAUAGAGUGAGGAGAGAGAGAGAGAGAGAGAGGAGAGGAGAGGAGAGGCGAGAGGAGAAGGACAUCAGAGAUGUUGUUGGAUUCAUCAUCCACAUCAUCAUUAUGAAUCAACAGUUCUGGUUUAUUAACAAGCGUUCCAUGGAUUUCUCCAUCAGCGGUGGACGAUACUGAAGAGAUCGUCACCUCUCUCACUGCUAAACAUGAACGUCUUCAUCCUGCUGAUAUCUUUCAUCACCAUAUCUAUCGCUUUUAGCCAGAAUUUCGAUAUUUAUGAGGAAGUCUGCGAGAGGAUGUGCGUCUGCGAAGAAAAAGAUGGAGUUUCCACAACCAGCUGUGAGAGACGAGGAAUUGUAAGUCUUUCUGAAGUCGGCUUCCUGCGCUUCGACACGCAUAAUCUGUUUCUCACAGGAAAUCUGCUGAGGAAACUUCAGUUUGACGAUUUCUCACGUUACGAGGGACUCAGGAUCUUGCACCUGGGCAGUAACAAUAUAGCUGAAAUCGAGAGCGGAGCUUUUAACGGACUUAGUGGACUAAAACGCUUGCACUUAAACAACAACAAAAUUGAAGUGCUCAGGGACGAUACGUUUAUCGGUCUGGAACAUCUGGAGUACCUUCAGGUCGACUAUAAUUACAUCAGCCGCAUUGAGCCCAAGUCCCUCAAUGUGCUCUGCUGUCUAGACGUCCUGAUUCUGAAUGACAACUUGCUUUACUCUUUACCCAGAAAUGUUUUUCAGUCUGUUCCUUUGACCCACCUGGAUCUUAGAGGGAACCAGCUUAAAAUUCUGCCUUAUAAUGGACUUCUUGAACAUUUAUCCAAAAUUGUAGAAAUACAGCUUGAAGAGAAUCCCUGGAACUGCACCUGCGAGCUUAUUGGCCUCAAAGACUGGCUGGAAAGUACCUCAUAUACGUCGUUAGUAGGAGACAUCGUGUGCGAAACGCCGUUCCGUCUUCACGGGAGAGACCUUGAGGUGAUCUCCAAGCAGGAACUCUGCCCGAGAAAAGCUGUAGCUGAAUACGAAAUGGGUGCUGAAACGUUGCAUGAACCGGAGGCGAUCGCUUUGUCAAAUAUCAUACGAUCCACGCAGCCAACAAAAAGCAGCCGCCAAUCAGGGAAACUGCGAACCAAACCGACAGCGAGGGUUUCAUCGAGCAAACCACAAAAUCAUGGCCCAGUGGUGGCGUACCAGACCAAACCCCCAGUUUCUCCUGAGUGUCCCACCGUAUGCACCUGCAAUCUACAAAUUUCAGACCUCGGCUUGAAUGUGAACUGCCAAGAAAGGAAAAUUGAGCGUAUCUCAGAUCUGAAUCCCAAACCGUACAACCCAAAGAAGAUGUACCUUACGGGAAAUUAUAUUAUCUCAGUGCACAGUUCAGACUUUCGGGACACUCCCGGAUUGGACCUUCUUCACCUGGGUAAUAAUCGGAUAUCUAUCAUUCACAGCAAAGCGUUUGUGGAAUUACAGAACUUACGAAGACUUUAUUUGAAUGGAAACCUGAUUGAGCGCCUCAGUGAUGAUAUGUUCUCAGGCUUAGAGAGCCUUCAGUUUCUCUACUUGGAGUACAAUGUGAUCCGAGAAAUAGAACCUGGUACUUUUGAGCAUUUACCCAAACUUCAACUUCUGUUCCUCAAUAAUAACCUUCUCAAAACUUUACGUGGGAGUUUUAGAGGUUUAAACCUGGCACGGUUGAAUCUACGCAACAAUCACCUAAGGAACAUACCGGUCAGUGGUGUUUUGGAAGAUCUGACAUCAUUAGUUCAGAUAGAUCUGUUUGAGAACCCCUGGGAUUGCUCUUGCUCAAUUGUGGAAAUGAAGAAAUGGUUGGAAGGGCUCAGCUCUGGAACCGUGGUGAAGGAUGUGAUUUGUGAAUCUCCACUAAAGUUCACUGCAGUGAAUUUACGCCUAGUUCAUUCAAAUGAUCUUUGCGAAGUUGAUUUAAACCCUCAAACUUCUCUUCUUCCACCAUCAGAAGACUCCUUUUCGGGCAGCACAGUUACUUUGGAGACGACUCUGGAUUACAGUUCACCGGAUUCCACGGUUCCUCUCUCGGUGCUCAUCCUCACGCUGCUCCUUAUUUUCAUUGCGAGCGUAUUCAUUAGUGCCGGUUUGUUCACUAUGUUCAAGAUCAAACGUCAUAAAAAGGACAAGAACAAAAACACAGACUCUGGUUCUUUUAAUAUCAUAUAUGUUGACAGACCAGCAGGAAAGGUUAGGACUUCAGCAGGUCACGUUUAUGAAUAUGUUCCUCCUCUUCCGGUGUCCAAAUGCACCACCGAUGAUGUUCUGGAGGAGAGAUACCCGGAUUAUGAUGAGCAGAAUGCUUUAUCUUAUACUUCAGACGAGGAACUGAGAUGCAUCGUAAAUGGCUCGGAUUUUAGCACAAGUACCAGACCUUCUCCUUUACCAGAUGAUAACUUUUUUUAUCGAGACAUCCUGGCAAGAGGCCACCAAGGCUCCUGUAGAUCCGUUUUACCGUGCAAACACAGCACCACUCAGUAUUCUCCUGAUUACGACCUCACGCAUCAGUACUUGCAUCCAGAAAGACUCCAGCAAACGACAGUGUACGUGAACCCCAACAGGGGCGAAUACUGGGAGUUAAAAGCACAGCCGAAUUUUGAACCGGACUACCUGGAAGUUCAUGAGAAAAGGACAACAUUCACGCAGUUCUAAUUUGAAACAUCUCGUCUUCGUUUUGGACUUGUAUGUUUGGGCUGGUAUGGACGGAGCUUCUGAGAAGAAUUUCUAGGAAUCUGAGACCAAAAAAUUAUCUAGACCAGUUUAUAAUCUUCCUAAAGUAUGACAAGUCUAUGUAUGUACAAAACACCAGUUCUGAAUUUACAGUUGUGAAGUAAUAAUAAUAUCAACAACAACAACAACAACAACAACAACAACAACAACAACAACAAUAAUAAUAAUAAUAAUAAUAAUAAUAAUAAUAAUAAUAAUAAUAAUACGGGUUUGAACCCCUUUUACAAUCACAAUCUGUAAUCUGAGGAGUCCAAGAACUCUUUCUUUGUAAACAGCACCCCCAGUGGCCAGUGAAGAGAAAAUGAAGACUCCUGCAUCCAAAGCCAUUUUAAACAUCUGUGUGCCUCUGACUUUGAGGUAACAGUUUGGGGAGGAACCACAUCUGGGUGGAAAAGUCAGAAGUCAAAAUGCUUUAAAUCAUUUAUUUAUAUAUUUUUUGCAAUUUAAAAGAAGAAAUAGUGCUUGGACACCUCAGACCACCAUUUAAGGAUAUUCUUCUUCAUCAUAAUCAUCUUCUUCAUCAUCAUCAUCUUCUUCUUCAUCUCCUCUUUCUCCUUAUUUUUAUUAUUUUCUUUUUCUUCAUCUUUGUCAUCUUUUUAUGCUCUUUACCUUUUUCUUAGUUUUAUUAUUAUUGUUGUUGAUUAUUAUUAUUAUUAUUAUUUUUAUUAUUAUUACUUCAUAUAAUACUCUUUGAUCUUGGUUUUCUCCUCCAUGCAGCACAUCUGGUGGGCAUUUCAGAAAGUGUUUCAGAAGUCACCUACCUGUAAGGUUGAGGCUGGAAGGUCCUGAGUUUAUUGUAAUUUUAAGAAACCCUCCAAAUAACAGGCCACCAAAGCAUCAGCGAUCCACCACCAUGUUUCACCGCGAGGUAUCGGGUCAUUUUUAAUUUUAUGCAAAAUUGUUUAUUUCCACUGAACACAUGAUACGUCAGGUUGCAUCUCCACUCAGCUCGGUGACUUCAGGAGCUGCAUUACGUUGCUUGUUGUGUGCACUCGACCUCUAACAGAGAAAGGUCACUGCAAAUCCGUAUAAAGUUUUAAUCAUCGUGUUUAUUCGAUUGUUUUCGAGGCUCCGCGUCACAAAGCUCGAGUUUAUUCAGGGUUUAAAACGAAAAAACAAUACGCUUCCUUUCCCUUUCUGCUCUUUAUUCACUGCUAAUUAAAGAAAUUGCAAUAAAAUUUAAUUUAUUUGUAUUAAAGAUUUAAAUUACAUGUUGCUGAUUAAAACAGUUAUAAAUUAUAGCCAUUUUAUUACUUGAGCAAAAAACUAGAAAUCAUUUCUUUUCUUUUUACAUUUUUGUGUAAAAUUAAUUCUCAUUUUAAUUUCCUCAGUAUUUAAUUUGGUGUGAUUUAUUUUUUAAUGGACCAUUUAUUUAUUGAAAUAUUUUUAUAAUUAAAUACAGGUAUUGUGACAAUUAAUAUUUCUUGCAAAAACUAUUGAUAACUAAUAAUUUCUUGUUUUAGUUUUUUUCUCUUUACAGCAUCGACGAGGUUAAAAUACGGGUCCUUCAGCUUUCUGUGGUUCAGUGGUUCUUCCUCGUAUGAAGUGAUAAAUGAUGUGCAGAUGAUGACAAUAGCAGUGAUGUUUUUUAUGUUAGUGUGUGUGUGUGUGUGUGUGUGUGUGUGUGUGUGUGUGUGUUAUUAAUUCGCCUGAACACUGCACUUAUGUUUCAUAUAUACUGUAUAUACAGUUCAGAGUAUAUCAUUAUUAUUAUAUAUCAGAGUUUUAAUAUAUGAAUCGUAUAUGAAAGUUGUGCUGGUUGUUUAUUUUGGUUUCUAAAUGAUGAAGUGUUGAUCAGUGCUGUGUUUUUUUUUUUUUAUUAUGAAAACUAAAUGAACAGAAAAUGAUCAUUAUCAUAAAAAAGAAAAGAAAAUCACUAUUUUGUCACUGUGAACUUUAAAUUUGUUUAUAAAUGGAAAAUAAAGUUCUCACUGGUCGUUGCGUUGGUGACA